AUGGCGGUGCUCCUCAGCAUUUUAAUCUCACUGAUUUCUAUUCCUGCCAAAGCAAAUAUAAAAAUCACAGGACCGGUCUGUCAGCUGAGAAGCUUUACUAUGAGUGGCUACAGCAGGAAGGGAGAGCUUAACAUUGGAGGGAUUUUCUCACUUCAUAUUGGAGAGCCUGUCAGUCAAAUUCCUUUUACUGAACUACGUGACAUAAAGCUAUGCAAACAGUUUCCCUUUACAGCAUAUGAAAGACUUCUGGCUAUGAUAUUUGCAACUGAAGAGAUUCAGAAAGACCCAAAGCUACUGUCAAAUAUUACGCUCGGAUAUGUGAUUUAUGAUUCCUGUUCAACUAUUGCUGGAGCUAUUGAGGGUACAUUGAGGUUGCUUACAGGGCAGGCAAAGCCAGUUCCAAAUUAUCAGUGCCUUUCCCCAGUUGUAGCUGUGAUUGGAGAGUCAUACUCUUCAACAUCAAUUCCCAUGGCCAGGCUUCUAGGACUCUAUAAAUUUCCCCAGAUAAGUCAUGCAGCAACUGUUAUGGCUUUAAGUAACAAAAAUCAGUUUCCUUCUUUUCUAAGAACAAUUCCAAUGGAUCUCUUCCAGUCAAAUUGUAUAGCCCACUUAAUCCGAUAUUUUAGUUGGACGUGGGUUGGACUUCUGUCUGACAGCAGUGACUAUGGCCUGCAAGGCAGUCUUAAAGUAAAAGAAGAACUGAGCAAAGCUGGAGUUUGCAUUGCUUUUUUUCAAACAAUACCUGCAGUGUAUUCUGAGAUGAAAAUUCAACAUAUAAGUGAAAUAAUUAGGACAUCUUCUGCUAACGUGAUAGUGAUUUAUUCUAAUGAUGUUGACCUUUACCCUCUCAUGGAGGUGACUGCACAGAACAAUGUGACAGGAAAAGUCUGGAUAGCUAGUGAUGCUUGGGCUGAGCCUUAUCUGUUUUCUAAAAAUGAGUUUUUGAGAACAUUACAAGGAACACUUGGCAUUCUGGUGAGAAAAGGAGACAUAUCAGGAUUCAGAGAAUAUAUUUACAGUCUUAAUCCUUAUAGGAAUCCAGAUAACAUAUUUCUGAAAAACUUCUGGGAACUUGUUUUUAACUGUAAGCUGCAGAUCCAGGAUAAAACUAAUAAGAACUUGACCAAAGAAUCAAAUGUCUGUGCAGGAGAUGAAACACUGCAGGGCAUGACGCUGGAUUUUUUCAAACUCACUGAAUUAAGAAAUACAUAUAAUGUCUAUAAUGCCAUAUAUGCUGUCGCACAUGCAUUACAUGACAUGAUUUCAUGCAGACAUGGAGAAGGACCAUUUGAUAAUGGCACAUGUGCAUUAGUACAUGAUUUCCAGCCAUGGCAGCUUUUCCACUAUAUUAAAAAUGUUCACUUUUGGAACAAAAAUGGUGAGGAAGUAUUCUUUGAUAUACAUGGUGACCCUCCAGCAAUGUUCAGCAUAGUAAACUGGCAAGUAACAUCAGAAAACUCUUUCAGGUAUUUGGAUAUUGGCCACUUUGAUGCCACUGCUGCAGACAACCAAAAACUAAUAAUGGACGUAUCUGCAAUAUUAUGGAAUGAAGGUCAUGAAAAGAUCCCACAGUCAUUAUGCAGUGAAAGUUGUUCUCCUGGCUACAGGAAAGUGACUCAACCAGGCCAGCCAAUCUGCUGCUUCAACUGUAUCAUGUGCUCUCAGGGAGAAAUUUCCAAUCAAACUGAUUCCAUCGAUUGUCUGAAGUGCCCUAAAGAUGGCUGGCCUAAUGAGAGACAAGACAAGUGCGUAAAGAAAGCAAACGAGUUCCUUUCAUAUGAAGAGCCUCUAGGCUCAGUACUAAUUGCUAUUUCCAUAUUCUUAGAAAUGACCACUGCUGCCAUCUUAACAGUCUUUAUAAAGUGUCACCACACACCUGUUGUCAAGGCCAACAACCGGGAGCUUAGCUAUUUGCUUUUAUUCAGUCUCAUAUUGUGCUUCCUCUGUUCAUUCAUUUUCAUUGGCCGCCCAACCCAUGUGACAUGUAUGCUUCGCCAAAGUGCAUUUGGCAUCAUUUAUACAUUGUCUAUCUCUUGUGUUUUAGCCAAAACUGUUGUGGUGGUCAUUGCCUUCAAUGCAAGCAAGCCGAACAGCAGUCUACGGAAAUAUGCAGGACCAAGACUGCCAAAACUUUUAAUUAUGUUCUGUACAUCUGUCCAAAUAAUAUUAUGUGUUUCUUGGUUAACUGCCUCUCCUCCAUUUCUGAAUGAAAAUACAACUUCUGUAACAGGAAAGAUCAUUACAGAAUGUAAUGAGGGAUCACCUGUGGCAUUUUGGUGUAUGCUGUCUUAUAUGGGCAUAUUAGCUGUUGUAAGCCUUGCAGUUGCAUUUCUGUCCCGAAAACUUCCAGACAGUUUUAAUGAGGCUAAAUUUAUCACAUUCAGUAUGCUGGUAUUUGUUAGUGUGUGGAUGUCAUUUAUUCCAGCCUACCUGAGCACACAAGGGAAGUAUAUGGUAGCUGUGGAAAUAUUUGCAAUUGUAUCCUCUGGGGCAGGACUGCUGCUUUGUAUAUUUGCUCCUAAGUGCUAUAUUAUUUUGCUGAGACCAGAUAUGAACACCAGAGAUUACCUUAUGGGGAAGGGUGAAUUUAAGAAUUAA